AGUGGAGUGACAGUGCAUCCACAACUUGAUUCCCCCACACCUGUGUGAAACUAUCAGUUUGUGGCACCUCCUUCGGAGGUUGCAAGGCUGUGUCAUUCCUCACACACAUUAUUUUCUCUCCAUUUCCACAAACAUUCUGCCAUGCCAAUGGCAGAAUGGCAGAUACUUCCCUUUAAGGCUUUCUUUGCACUAUCUAUGCAUCCCUUACGUGGCCUCCCUCACAAGUUCACACCUCCCACACUUUUUCUUACCAUCUAUCAUCCAUUCUUUUGGCAUGUCCUUACCACCUCAGCACAUAUUGCUCUGCCUGUCCUACCAAGAGUAGGAGCAAGAACUUACUGAAAGAGAAGCACAUCCCUAUGAACUCUUGUUACCCUCCAGCUUCUGUGAUUGUAUUCUAGAUUUGACCACUUUAUUUUUUCCUGAGGAUUUUGAAAAUCUUUGCAGAUUGUGUCAAAUUUAUCUAUAAUUUCUUUUUUCUUUGUUAUAGAAUAUAUGAUUCUCUACUUUGAUUGGGAGGUCUGUAGAUAAUAGUAAGAAAUCCUUUAUUAUUUAUUCAUUUUAUUUUUUCUGUUGAGAAUCACUCUUACAACUAAGUUUAACACUCUUUAUUAUGGUUUGUUACAUAUAACAUCUCAUUCCUAUGUAAAUGGCAUUUCAUGUAGUUAUAUCCAUUUAGUGUUACUUCCAGCAUUUGAUGCUUACCACUUGUUGAGUCAAGAUUCAUUUGCCUUUAUGAAGUCAAGAUUUUGAGCAUUUUGCAUGAUAUCACUGAGUAGAUUUUGAGAUAACUUCUCUUUUGAGCAUAUAGCCUUUCUCCCUCCUGCCACACACGUACAACUCACAGCUCAUUAAUUACAUCCACCACUCCACACCUCAUCACUUCCUUGGAUACUUCGCACCUAACUUGCCCCAUGUAUCUCUUGAGAAUGUAUUUUGAUUUUUUCACUGAUUUCAGUACAUGUUCAUCAGAAGGCACAAAAUCCAUUGGGGUGGGUGUGUAUUUAUCAGAGGAAGUAGAUUUUGAUUUGCAGUGCAAGACCUAGAUGAAUUUGAACUUCUUUCAGUAUGUGUAUUCUGCUCAUAAUAGAUGCAAAAAAAAAAGUGUUUUAUUCAAUAUUUUUGUUUUCUACUCUUUUUUUUUUUUUUUAAUAAUAAAUUGGCACUAAUCAAUUAUCAAGUUCAGUUCAGGAGGAAAUAAUUAUUCAAUGAUUAAAUGAGGCAAUAUAGGAAUAAAAAUACAAUAUACAAUAUCACACCAGGAAACAGUGAAACAUUGUUUUGCAAACAAUGUUUGCAAACUUUCAAGUAACAUUUGGGAAACAGUUGAGACAUUCACUCAUCCAUCUAUCCAUCCAUCCAUUCAUCCAUCUACUCCACUCAUCCAUCCAUCCAUCUACUCAUCCAUCCAUUCAUCCAUCUAUCCAUCCAUGAAUACUGUUUCUAAAAGUCUGGUGUGGACAGGUCUUUAAGUGGAACGUAGUGGCAAAAUGGUUAUUGCUCUAGGACGAAGUAAAAAGGUGGACCUGGUAAUGGCACAUCCGUUAACAGGUCGUAUGAAUCAUUUAGUGUGACUAAUUACUGGUAAUCACUAAAGAUUGUUGUUGUAGACAACAAAACUUUCGUAUCAAGUUGGUAUGGGCUGCAUUAGUAGCGAGAGUUAUGAUAAGUGAGAAGACGUGACAAACAACGUGUACGGUUAUCAGGGAACAGCUGAUGAAGAUAGUGUUAGUCGCACCAGCAGUGGCAGGGAAAUGGUGGUGCCUUAGACCAUGCCUAUAUUUAUCUCUGCUAUUGGCGCCAGGCUGGGUGUGCAGCUGUCGCCACGAGUUCCCCUCCGUCGGCUCAAGAUGCUCCUUUGGUCGUCUCCUAACGCGGGGCACCACAAGGAUUCCCUGCCUCAUCCAAAUAAUUGAUUAACUGUUUUGAAAAUUAUUCUGCGUUAAGUCCUGACUUAAAGUUAGAAAUUGUCUCCAGAAAAAUAUUUGCGACAUUAUGAUAUGAAUAACGUGGGCAAGUGGGCAUUGGCGUGAAUCCAGAAAAGGUAGGGGGCAUGCGAAGCGCUCAGUGUGUCGGCGGCCGUGUGGUACGGUGCAGGGCGGGGCUGGGACUCUUCGCUUAUUAGAGCUGUUCAUGCAAGGGGUUCACCACUGCUGACCACAGCUAAACAACCAAGAUUUGACGAGGAUAGAGAAAAUUAUCCGUUGUUUAUCACGUUUAUUUAAGGGAAAACUAAAUAUCUGCAUAAACUUUUUUUUUUCACGGAUACUGAGCGAAAUGUUGUCGGUGUGAGUUUGAGAAAGUGCUGGGUAGAAAUACCGGUGUGAAUCAAACGAAACAACCACAGUCGUCGGCAUGUUUCGUCGUGGGUUAUCUCGGAACAGGCCCGGAGACAGGAAGAACAACGAGCCCGAGUAUGAGGAAGUUGGCCCUCCUAUCCACCUGAAAAAGGCACCAGAGAGCCGCGGGGAUGGCCAUAACUGCGACCUGUGCGGCUCCAUGGAGGCUGCGGUGCGGUGCGAGAAGUGUGGCAACCAGGCCUUCUGUAUGUCCUGCGACGACAUGUACCACCGCCACCCACGCCGCAGCGCCCACGUCAGGAAGGCGGUGGACACCAAAACCCCGACAGGAGGCGUGGUGAGACCGCCCUUGCCGCCCAAGGGAGAGGUGCCGCCCCCACAGCCACCACCGAGGAAAAAUAAGCGGGCUGGCUUCCUCUCCAGCACAAGCUUCAGCAAGAAGGAUCAGGCCUACGGUCGUCCUGGCACAGUCGCCUCCCGCUCAACCAGCAUGACCAAUCUUCAGACGGCCUCCAGCGACGGCAGCAGCGCGGGGCGAACCAUCAUGGGCAGCCUGAAGAGGUUCAUGGGAGCGAGACCCCUGCCCCCGACCCCUGACCACGGCAAAGGUAUGGCGAGUCCAAACCAGAGUGAGACCAGCGGGGCAGUGCCGGUGGGGAGGCCCGUGAUGCGUGCCGCCACCAGCCCCAGCCUUCCCAACCUGAACGACCACAUUGAAGAGGAGAUGAAGAAGGAGCUGCCCCAGUCAGUGGCUGACUUCAACACAACGACGAUGCCCCACAACUCUGUCUCCACGCCCGCUACACCCACCUCAGCCCAUGCACCGUACCCGCCGCUGCAGCCCAAGGCCCCCCAGCCCCAACCCGCGACGCAGACACACUCCCUUGGUAGAAAGUUUUCCCUGCAGCAGCUUCCCCAGAGCCUUGAAGACAAGAGGACGUCCAUGGUGGAGCCCACGCCGGGCGGAGUGGGGUGGGAGGCAGAGACAGUUAAGCCCCCACCACGCACACGCUCCCACAGUAUUUCUGAUGACCAGUGGGCGCAGGUGAUGGCCGCCCAGCCUGGUACGGGCGAGUCAUCUGUCACCACGGAGGUGCCCUCGGGACCCACGUGUCCUCCUGGUCACACCCCUGCAGAUAUGUCAGUUUUCUCGGGCGUCACCCCUCGCCGCAGCUACGCCGGCAUUCCUGGAGGAAGGGGCGGCGGAACCACGAUGGGACGGGGCAUGGUGUCCUCCGCCUCCGUGUGUGAUCUGAACACACUGAGUCAGCAACAACCACCUCAGGCUUUUAAUGGCACUCAUGGGGCCAACAGUUUCCAGCAGCUGAACAUGAUGGGCUACGGCGGCGGCAUGAUGUGGGGCGCCCCGUGUGAAAUGUGCCAGGCGGCUUCGGCUUACCCUGGGCAUUCAGGCGCCGGUGGGAUGAAACGUACUGCUUCCAACCUGUCCAUGAAUCUUUCAUCGGUGGGGAGUGACAUGACAGGUUACCCGUGGGCUGCACCACCACCUCACGUCCACCAUCACAUGCCCAUGUACCCGGGCUACUAUCCUGGGUACCACCCACAUAUGGUCAUGCCCACAAUGGGUGCUCCCAUGGGUCUUAACGUAUCAAUACCAGAUUCCAUGCACACCUUUGGCAAAGUACCGUCCUCUCCUGCCCCCUCAGUCCGCUCUUCCUCCCAUCGCUCACACAAAUCCACUAAGUCUCGUUCAUUCAGUGCAGCUGAUGCCAGUGGUCGCCGUAGUCGUAACCGCAAAGCAAAACGGUCAGAGGAAAGUGAGGAGAGCCGAUCUUCCUCCGUUAGUGAUGAUGCUGACUACGUUGAUGAUCGGGAAACUAAGUCUGCUCACAGCGGAGGCAACAGUCUAGCAUGGCAGUGUGACCACUGCACGUUCAUCAAUAACGGCGGGACGCGAACCUGCGGCAUGUGCUCAAAGACUUUAACAAGUAACGGUCGUGCCAGCCGUCGCGGCAGCGAGAGACGCCGAUCAGAGCGACGGCGGGACCGACGAACUGAUCACGAAGAGGACGAUAAAGACGUGUCUGACUAUGACAACCAAGACAGCGGAGUGGUGAAAAGCAAUUUGUCCUUCAGUAUUAAGGACAGCAAGCGUGAAAAUCGCAGCAAGAUCUCGAGUUCCAACAAGAGUAAGAGUAAGAAAAAGUCCCGGCGACGAGACAGCUCGGCCUCAGAUUCUGGCUCGGAGAGUGAAGGAGAGGAGGAAGAGCGACUCGAGCGACACAUGCGUGACCUGCGGGUGUCCUCCCGACGGAAGGGCAACGACUACGAUGGUGUCAACGGCAAGGACAAUGACAAGGGCAGAGACAGAACCUCGCGCAAGAAAGAAGGAAGUGUAAGCCGGUUCAAGAAUAGGGGUCGGAACCAUUCGGAACGAGCGAGGACGCCGGGCCGCCAAACACCUCGACACCGAAGCCCCGCAGAGGACAGGAGAUCCUAUGAAGAUGAUUCCGAAACGACCUCCUCAGACGCCGGCCACCAGCCUCGCCACAGCCUGUCGGGUGACCACACCCUGAACUCUGUUGAUGGGACUCUGGUGGACACACUGGUGUCUGAAGCCACUCUAAAACUAGAUAAGAAAUCAAAAUCUAACAACAGCGAACAUAAACCAAAAUCUAAGGCUUCAAGUCCUGCACGAAGUUUGGUAGACGAGCAACAAGCCCAGGAGCACCAAGAUGUCGAUCAUGAAACUAACGAAAAUAAGGACAAAUCGCCAAGCCCGAAACCCAUGCUAAGGAGAAGUAAGUCUCCUCCUCUGUCUCGGGGCGAGGUGGAUGAACCAAGCUUUGCAAACACCUUAGACGACGUCCCCACAAUGGGGACUAAUGAGGUAGCUGAUCAAGAUCUUGGUAGCCAAUACACUGAUGACCAGCCUCCGGUGAUUGAGAUGGCGGUGGAGCCCCGAGACAUACCUACUGUCCAGUACAACAAACCAUCAACCCCAUGGGAGGAGCGUGCCGAGGAGCCCCAAACCGUCGUGCUCGAGUUGCCGCCUGUCGCUCAAGGGGAAGCUGAAAAGGCUGAAAUCAAAGAGGAAGUCAAGUUUGAAAGUCAGGCUGAGGUUAAGAAAGCAGACAUCCAUAUUGCCGCCCCAGAAACAGUGUACGCCGAGCCGAGUUACGAGACUGUGGAAGAUCCAACAAAGGCGGACAUCCCUAAAGAGGAAGUGAAAGAACAAGCGGCUCCUCCUGAAGAUAAUGUCCAACUCGAGGACAUUGACCAACCUGAAGACAAUGACCAAUCAGAAGACAUUGACGCAGGCUUAUAUCAAGAGGGCAUCCCAGAAGAAUUCCCCAUUGUUGAGAAAGUUGAAGAAUUACCGCCGGAAGAAGUCCUGCAGGUCGCUAGAGCAUGGCAUAACGCACCUGUAGACACCCGAGGAGAGAUGGCGCGAUCCGCCUCCUCAGGGUCAUCCUUGGGCCUUAACUCUCCCCAUGACAGACAGUACACGCCCCUUAGCUUCUCCUCCUCUGACGCACAGUUCUACUCUCCUCCGGACUCUCCAGACCUGUCCCUCAGCGAGCAGCUCCAAGAAAAUCUUCAACCUGGCCAGACGCAGAAUUUGAUUGCCGGAGAGGACGAUAGCCUGGUGACGGCGUGGGAAUCUGUGCCACAGACCAACGAGGCCCUAAAAUCGUCCCAGGAAAGUAUUAGGUCGUCUGCUGAGCAGCUGCCCCUCGCAGAGGAGGCAUCCGGCGGGGAAGAGAAGAACAGCCUCGAGAGACCCACGUCUGCAGGCCCCUCGCCGCGUCUCGCUGAUGGUUACGAAUCCUUAAGCUUCCACGACGCACUAACCCCGUCCAACGCUGACGCCCUGCCUCGCUCCGCCUCACAACAGGCCACGGCGCUCCCCACCGACCCCGCUGACGUCACCUCGGCCAGUGUCGACGCCCUGAUCAAUGAGGUGCCGCGAGCCUUCAGAUGGGGAGAGGAGGACAUGAACGAAAAGUAUCUGACUGUUGAGGAGAUCAUCACCAAGCGGCGGCAGGAGGCCAUGAGGAAGCAGGGCCUCAAGAUGGUCCAGGUCCUCAGGGACGCGGAAAACCUGGGUUACCAGUCAGAAGACGUGUCCAUUGCUCUCACCCACUGCGGCGACAAGAACCCCUUGGAGUGGCUGAAGGAGAACUGGCGGCACAUGGUGGACACAGUGGCCACGCUCGCCACCAAUUAUGGACAAGAGCGGCAAGUUAACGAUAUCGGCUUCAUCACAAUGGCUGAGGCGAAAACAGCACUCAGGCUUCACAAAGGCAAUAUCUGGGCUGCCGUCACCGAGUGCGUGGAGCAGCGCCAAAGAAAGUUCAGUGAAAUCUACGCGCGAGGACGGUUCAGGCGAGAGGACGUGGUGAAGGCCUUGGAGACGUGUGAUGGAGAUGUGGACCGCGCCUUCCUGGAGGUAAACAAGUCCCAGCUGCAGCCUUUCCUCAUGAAAAUCUGGAACCCUGUGCAGGCUACCAUUAAGAGAUCUCAAGUGGCACCUUCACAACCAAGCGCCACCCCUCCAAAAUCAGCUCCAGCAACGAGUUCAGGGACUCCCGCGCAGGUGGUUCCGUCGCUCCCUGUGCAGGCCAACAUCACUUCAGAGCCCCAAGUACCGGAAGACAACCUGCCUAGUCAAGCUCCUAAAGGUAUACUUGGAGGCAGACUCACUCCAACAUUUGACACCGGUGCCAGCAAGGUGCCCAGUCGGCUAUGGCAUGGACUGUGCUCACUGUUUGACAGCUCCACCAAGAGAAGCACAUCGGAGCACCACGAUGAUGAUACACAUAUAGAGUUUAUAGACACGAGUGACGAGGACGACAUCUUUGAAAAUACAUAUGCCAGCAUUGACCAUUUCAAACAGCCUGCCAAAGUGGAACCCAUUUACGCAACUGUGAAAAAAAGACCUAAGCCAAGCCCUAAAGUGGAGGACUUGCCGAAAAGUGUAAGACCCGAGCAGCAAAAUGUGCCACCUUCUUCAAAAGAGAAAUCCUCCUCAUCUCGCGGCAUAAUCCAGCCGCCUCCUAAACAAGAAGAGUUGCUUCCCGCCAGCGAGGUGACGGGUCCGGAGUCUGAAGAGGAAUCGACCAUAGAAGAGUUGGUGCAAGACCUAGGGAGCGCCCCCUACUACGAGUAUUUCACAGCCGUCGGCGAGGAUGAGACGGACGAGUCGGAGGAGAGAACGAGCGAGGAGAUCAGCGACAUGAGCGGCUUGUCCGAGGACGAAGGCGAGACUUCAUCCGCUGAAGAACUCUCCGACUCUGACUCAGGAGAAUCCCAGGAGACAGAACAAGAAGAGGAAGUUAUCGUGCAAGAGGAAGAAACAGAAGAGGUCGUAGAAGUAGAGGAGGAAGAGGAGGUGGAGGAGGAAGAGGAGGAGGAGGAGGAGGAGGAGGAGGAGCAGGAGGAGGAAGAAGAAGAAGAAGAAGAAGAAGAGGAAGAGGCAAAUGAAGAAGUUGAAGUUAAGAUUGAAGUGCAACAAGAACCGCCAGCUGAAUUACAGUUGAUUAGACCGCAAGACGUGGUGGUGCACCCUAUCAAGGCUUUCACUCACUACGCUGAUAUCUCAGUUUCUGAAUUCUCCGAGGAGCCUCAUGGCAAAGUCUCCCUUCAUCCCAUCAGGCCCUCUCCCAACUCCUCUCCCACCUCUGUGCAUCCCUCUAGAGGCAACACCCGUCCUCCGUCCAAACGUUCGCCCGAUUCCCUUCAUGCACCACCGCCCCAGGCAUUGAAACCUGAGACGCUCAGUGUAGUCAGCCAGGCAUCCCCUCCUCAGCCAUGUCAGUCACAAAAGAAAAUACCAAAAUAUUCAAGCACCUUGCACGUCAAUCUCUCAACUCAAAGAAAGUCUUCUGAACACACUACCGCCAAGUCUUCUGCUGCAGUCCGCCAGCCGCCUUCCCUGUCAGUUCUUGAGGCGAAGGGAGGUUCGUCUACAGCUUGCGCUCAGGAUCCUCAGCGACUCAGAUCCGUUCCACUUUCGGUAGACAACAAAUCUGCUCCGGGUUCAGCUGGAAAUUCCUUUGUUUUGGAUGAUGCCUACGAGAGUGACGAUGAGGAAUCUGUUAGUGUCACCACCGGACGAUUGAGUUUAUCCUUGAGUUCCUCCAGCAUCAACGUUAAGUCCGAAGUCAUUCAAACGGAACAAGUUGCGACUGUAGACCAUGGAAACGGAAUAGAGCCAAACGAUAAGAUUAAUGAAGAAGAGGGCGGAAGUGUUGACAGGCACAUCCCCGAACAGGGCGAGGAGUCAGCGGCGGUGGGUGGCGGGAGGACACAAGUGUCGGAAGACGAGGAGUCCCUGGAGGCUGAGGACUCUGAGGCACCAGAAGAACCGGAGGAGCCUGCAGAGCCUGACGAACCUGAGGGAGCACAGGGGCCUGAGGUGGCCGAUGCACGUGAGGGCACUGAGGAUGGCAAGGAGAAAGCAGAGGUGCAACUACCCGUGAUCGAGCCAGGAAUGCUCCAGACCCGCACAGGACCCGUCACAAUCCAGAAGGCGUCCGUCAUCGUGGGCAAGGCCAUUGCUAAGGCCAUGGCUCGGGAGAGUUCGGUGCGCGAGUCCCACAGCGGUUCUCAGACUCCUGAACAUCAGGAAGCUCCGAUAGCUACCCCAGAGUCUUCUGAAGGCGAGGAAGAGACUCAAGGUACAGUGAGCGUGUAUGAUUCCGAUUCCGACGACCAGCUGCACAUUCUAGACACCAUCCCUGAGGAAGAGGAGAUCAGUGAAAUGACGGAGUCUGGCAAAGUUAUCAUCCGGGCGGCUUCAAAAAGGACUCCGAGCAGUGGGGAGGCGAGCGUGGCGCCAGCUGCCUCAUCUCCCCCAGCCCCUCCGUCACCUACACCAUCGCCAGCAGCUGUGGCAUCUGCAGCAGCUACAAGUGAUACGCCAGUAGCAGCCCCUGUCCCCAAGAUUCCCUCACCUGUACCGCCUGAACCAGCGCCUUCUCAGGAACCACCAAAGGCUGAUGAUACGAAGGAAGCUGUCACGGUAACAAAUAAGAAUUCGCAGGUAUCAAGUAAGAAACCCGAAACCGUACCAGCACCACCAAAAGAUGAUACAGGUGUUCAAAAGUCUGAAGUAACAGAAACCACGACAGUGAGAAGACGAAGGAAACCCGCCAGUGAGGAGAACAAUGAGGGCACCCCUGCUCCCGCCACCGCCGUCCCCUCCACGUCCACGCCCUCAUCCUCUAACACUAACACUUCAUCAUUAAGAAGAAGAAGAAGAAAUAGGUCACUCCCUGAGUCUUCUGGAGAGUCUGAAGGCGAAGACGGCGUGGUCAAAGCAGACAGGGUGAGAGAGAGGGAUCACCCUCUGAUCCCGCGCCUCUUGGUACAGAUCGAGGGACUCAAGGCGCGCCCCAAUAAAAAGGAACCAGACUACCAGGAAAUGCGGGAGUUGAAGGAGAAGAUCCAGGUAAUGCGUCGGGAGCUGGAGUCCCGCAUAGAGGAGAGCGACGACCGUCCAGACACUCCAGAGACUCCCCAGGACGAGCAGCCCACCAAGAGCCCUUACAUUCUCAUUCCUGACUCACCGCAGGAAAAGCCUCCCCCGAAGGAAUACGAACAGCUCAAGUUUGACCGAACAGUGCGAAGACUGCUGGCGGAGGGUCGCUCGGGCACUUACGAAAAGGCAGAGCUGGCGGCUCACCUUCUUAACCUUAAUUUCGAUGAGUCGGAUUCUGUGACGGCAGCAGAAGAGUGUUCUUCCAUAUACACAGCCAUCCAGUUCCUGCAGCAGGAUUGUGAGCUGUGCGCCGAAAAGUAUCCCAUGAGGAGGAUGGUGUCCAUGCUGCAGUGCACACACCGCUGCUGCUGCGAGUGCGCCAAGACCUACUACACCUUCCAGAUCAAGGCCAAAAAUAUCCGCGAGGUGCGCUGUCCCUUCUGCAAUGAGCCUGACCUGGAUGCCAACGAGGAGAUCGCAAACGAGUACCUGAACAACAUGGACAUUCUACUGAAGAACAUCCUGGACACAGAGACCCACGAACUGUUCCAGCGUAAACUUCGGGACUGGACGCUCAUGAAGGAUCCCAACUUCCGGUGGUGCAACAAGUGCUCGUCAGGAUUCAUAGCAAACCCUCGUGCCAGGAAACUCAUCUGCCCAGACUGCAAAGACGUGACCUGCGCACAGUGCCGCCUCCCCUGGGAGGCGACUCACGAGGGCAUCUCGUGCGAUAAGUUCGCGCAAUGGAAGACAGACAACGACAUGGAAGUGUCUCUCCAGGGUGUGGCUAAGCACCUGGCUGAGUGUGGCAUCACCUGUCCAAACUGCAAAUUCACCUACUCGCUGGCCAAGGGAGGUUGCAUGCACUUUACUUGCACUCAAUGUAAAUACGAGUUCUGCUCGGGAUGCGGUCAACCAUUCCGUCAAGGAGCCAAGUGUCCAGUUGGGCCCUACUGCGAGCGACUAGGGCUCCACGCUCAUCAUCCCAGAAACUGCCUAUUUUACCUCAGGGACAAGGAGCCUAACCAACUCCAAAACUUACUGAAGGAAGCCGGUGUGAGCUACGACACUGAGCCCCCGUCAGGCCAGGAGGUGAAGCCAGGGGCGCGGAGCUCUUGCCAGGUACAGGAACAGAAAGAGUUAGCUGAUGGCCUGAAGGACGACAUUUGUGGGCGUACUGUGCCCUCAGGAUACGCUGGCCUCUGCAGAAAACACUACCUUGAAUAUUUGGGUCGGUUGUGUUAUAUAAAUAGUAUAGACCCACUGCCCAUUAUGGAUGAGGAGGAUCUGAGAUAUAUGUUGCGUCGAGAAAACCUGACGGCGCCCAAACGGAGACCGCGGGAACCUGACGUAUUCUUUUUGAGGAGGAUGACUAAGCUAAUCAAGGAGCACCUGCCGCUGGAGAGCUUAAACUGAAGUAGCUGUAACAAGAGAAGAGAAGAAAGCAGCUACAGCCCAAUGUCUGUGAUGUCUACUUUUCCCUGAUGAUGACAAACCUUGCUGAUCGCUGCAACUCCAAGGUGUUUCCUACAGCCUCAGGACCUUCCACGCCCCCGACCAGCAACACCACCAAGUAAAGCCAUUCAGUAAGGAAGGAAACAUCGUGAUCUCGUCCAUCACAUCGCCUUCUCAUGAACUUCCAGCGGCCCUGGCUCCUGGUUCUCUUGCCUCACUGCUUACGUUUGUCUUGGUUUUGUAGUGUUUAAGUUAAUUUUAAGAAGGUAUGGAAAUACAUAGCGAGCACAAUGAAGGGAGGAGAGGUGUCAAAGUAUCUGUAAUCUAGGUACAUGUAUAUAUUGAAGCAAUACACGUUGCCUGAGAUGUAAACAAGUCAUGUGUUGGCAUUAACUUCAUGAAUAUGCCAACCUUGUGCGGAUGAAGAUUAACUGUUAUGGUAUACAGGAUAAUGCCUAAGUUUUGAAACUACUGGUAGCCCUUGGUGUUGUAGCUGCCAAUAUUCUGGCUGUGAUUCGAGUCAGACCUACGGAAGGGAACGUAUGGAAGGCAAGAGUACGUAUAAUCUCCUCCUUAGAGCUCUGAGUCAUUGUACGGCUCAUGGUAGUUUUGUGUGAGCACCUUUUAGAAAGACAGAAUGCAGAUAAACUGAGGACGCUACUUAGAUAUGUAGUGUCUUCAGACAUUGCUUUCAAUAUUUUUACAUGUCUCAUCUCGUGCCUUUAACAAUUCUUCUUUAACUUUUGCUUCCUAGUCUUCUCUUCCCGGCAUCUUUCACACUUUCUAACGUUAUUCUUCCCCCUUGGCAAUGAUCCAGACUAAUGAGGGAAUCAGACACACUUCUUUGACUGACACUGUAUAACUUCCUUUUAAAGUAGUUUUGUGACUCUAAUGUUCUCUCACGACAAAUUUGCUUUACAUAAUGAAUAUUACUAGCACACAGCACCUCCACCUAUCUAUUUGCUGUUUUUCAUACCUUAUACAUCUAAACCUAACUAAGAGAGGCUCUUUCCUAAGAUAUAGAAGCUUGUCACCUCAGUUGUACUAAGAUCCUUUCAUGGCGCAUACCUUCUUGCACUACUACAGUAUAUUAUGCAUUAAGUUUUACAAAAGAUCCUCGCGUGCUGCAAUAUUUGUUUACACCAUCAAACUAGAAAUUCUGACAAAACCACAGUUUCUUCAAAUGAAGUGAGAUAACAGCAUAUCACUUUCGCUGUUCCCGCCUCACGUUACUAUUCCUUCACCGCCACGACGUCAAACUGAGGCGCGGAGGACGUCUCCACAUCAAUCGGCUGCCCCAGACACGCAUAUAUAUUCGAUUUCCUAAUUCAUUAUUUUUGCUUUUCAAGUCUUCACUAGUUCCAACAUAUCCAGCUGCAGCACACCCGCAUCGCCCCUCGCGCGGCCGUGGCCCGGUGGUGGCGACGCGGGUCUGCCGGGGCGUGAGGGAGGAGGCUUUAAGGCUUUACUUGAUGUCUGUUUUUCUCUUCAUUGCCAUUUAAUUACAAUACCUAUUAGUUAAUUAUUACAAUAUUUUAUGCAAUAGAAUUUUAAUUUUCCAUAGAUUUGCUUGAAAAUUUCACUAUGCUGUCAUCUUCCUCCACUGAAGCACCGGCAGUGCCGACGAGGGCCGGCACCACCCCUCCUAACCUGCUGCUUCAUAGAGUUUCAUCUGUGAUUUUUUUUUUAUUUAUACUCCAUCUUGUGAAGCAAUAAAAGAAUAUUACAAUGGACUUCA